AUGCAGGCUCCUCCCUCUGCUGGGACACGCGGUAAGGAACCCUUCAGAUUUGGUAAGGCUCUCCUUGCGGACCUGGAUGAUUUCCAGGAAAAAGCCAAAGCCACAGAAAAGAGCGAAAACGCCGCAACCCCGCCACGGGAAGGUGCCUGCUCUCGGCUGGCAGCACCGACCCGAGUCCUUCCAGGCACUUCCGCUCGGCCUGCAGCCCGCUGGGUGGGGCAAGGCCACGCCCAGUUCCUCUUCCGGGUCUCUAGCUACUGCCACGAAGGUAGCAUGUCAGGCACAGAGUUGCGCGCGGCGCUGGAGCAGCGGCUCAGUGCCCUGGCCAUCCGCACAGAGAUCGUGGAGCACCCGGAGGUGUUUACAGUUGAAGAAAUGAUGCCUCAUAUCCAACAUUUGAAAGGAGCACAUAGUAAGAACUUAUUUCUUAAAGACAAAAAGAAAAAAGGCUAUUGGCUGGUGACAGUUCUUCAUGAUAGACAAAUCAAUUUAAAUGAUCUUGCCAAGCAGUUAGGUGUUGGGAGUGGAAAUCUGCGGUUUGCUGAUGAAACAGCCAUGCUAGAAAAACUGAAAGUUGUCCAAGGCUGUGUGACACCAUUGGCACUCUUCUGUGAUGAUGGAGAUGUGAAAUUUGUUCUGGAUUCUGCUUUUCUGGAAGGUGGACAUGAAAAGGUAUACUUUCAUCCAAUGACCAACACUGCAACCAUGGGACUGAGCCCUGAAGACUUUCUCACAUUUGUAAAGAACACAGGACAUGAUCCCAUAAUACUAAAUUUUGAUAAAAACUAAUUAGGCUAAUGCUUAAAAUACAUUUAUUCCUGAAAGGUGAUUUUCUUGUAAUUUAUAAAGAGCAUUAAAAGUCAUAUAAUAUAUAUAGCACCGUGA